AGAGAGAGAGAAAGAGUAGAGCACCUCAGUCUGCUGCAGGGAGAGACCAUGGGGCCUCUGACAGGGCUUCUCUCUGCACUAGUUGCUCUGCUAUGGACCCUCCCUCCAGGGUCAUUGGGUGAGGAAUGCAGUAGUUUCAGACAUCUGGAGAACGGUAGAACAUUCUUCCGCUACAGCGGGCUGUAUGUGGCGUUCACCUGUAACCCUGGCUAUAAGAUCCAUGGAUAUAGAACCAACAGCUGUGUGUCUGGACAAUGGUCCAGGGAACCUCCUGUGUGUGUUG